GUAAUCUUAAUGUUGCUGCUGGGACACUAAUGCUGCUGCCAUAACGCUAAUAUGGUUAGCUGCGUGUUCACAUUUUCUAAUUAAUCUAAAAUAUGUGCCAGUUACUACGCAGGAUUUGAGCCAUACGGAUAGUUUGCUACACCUUCUCCACAAAACUACCUUGGAUCAAUCGUAUAGUUUACAAACCAUGAGUUCCAACAACGUUUCCCUGUCAAAAGCUGAAUUGGUGGCAGCCAUCGGCGUGACUGCAGGAGCUACAGCUGCGGGCAUCCUCCUCUUCCAGUACCUCUCCAAGGGGUCAGGGGUCAAGCCCAAGGUCAACCUGGACCUGCAGAAAGAUGACCCCAAAGUGGUGCAUGCUUUUGACAUUGAAGAUCUCGGGGACAAGGCGGUAUACUGCAGGUGUUGGAGGUCCAAGAAGUUUCCCUACUGCGAUGGCGCUCAUGCUAAACAUAACGAGGAGACGGGGGAUAACGUCGGUCCCCUCAUCAUGAAGAGAAAGGAGGCCUGAACAAUCAUCCAUCCAUCCAUUUGAUUCCCUUGACUGCCGCUGCUAACAUACGGACGCCAACAAGUGCUCUUCACCACAGAAAGGAUGGUAGAGGUUUGACUCGACACGUGUACACUUGGUAUUUACUCCAAAAUUGAACGGUAACACUCUGUGUUAAUAAGCAAAUAAUCAUUUUUUUUGGUUGUAAUUUAUUGAUUGAUCGAAGCAACACUUAUCACAGGACCAAACCGUUAUAAAAUAUUGUUGAAAUUAGUUGUAAUAAUAUCUAGAAUGAUGGUAGAUAAUUUCAGUGUGAUUAUCGAGGAAACAGGGGCUGUGGAAGUACUGUAAAAUAAAGUGCAAGGCUGGUUGUAUUUAUUUAAUUGAGCUUUGGUCUCUGUACGUUUAAGUGAUUUUCAGAAUGCAAAAGACUUGCUUGUAUGUUUGAUCAAUGUCUGCCUUCCCAGUUGUUUUGUUGUUUGUUUUGAUACCACAGAGAUGUAAAGACAACACAACGUUGUAUCCGUUCCAUUAUGGAGUAUGUGAACACACGGGCAGCGCCAUUGAGGCCAUCUCCAUUUUGAAGUAGUUCAUUCUCUUCUUCUACUACUUCUAUGAGUUGAUAAACAAACUGAAAGGAUGUAUUCCCCCAUCUGCAGUGGGUUGUUUAAACCCAGGUUGGUGAUUGUACUGCCAUCUGCAGUGGGUUGUAUUGUACUCCCAUCUGCAGUGGGUUGUUUAAACCCAGGUUGGUGAUUGUACUGCCAUCUGGAGUGGGUUGUUUAAACCCAGGUUGGUGAUUGUACUACCAUCUGCAGUGGGUUGUUUAAACCCAGGUUGGUGAUUGUACUGCCAUCUGCAGUGAUGAAGUGUUUACUCCUGAGUAUAAGUCAUUGGCUGACUCUUCCUCAUGACUUGGAUGGAAUCAUGUGAUCCUUCCUUAACCCAUAGGAAGUCGACUACUUCAAAAUGGUGAAAGUCCUCAAUGGCGCUGCCCAUGCUAAAACAGGCUUUUGGGAUACCAGAGUCCUCUAUCAUUCUCUAUGGUUGAUACUCGGGGAGUUUUUCCUGACCACGGGACCUGAUCAGGGAUAUCUCUGGACCUUUUUAUUGAAAACCAUAACUAGGUACUUUACACAGUUAUAGUCCAUAAAACCAUGACUAGGUACUUUACACAGUUAUAGUCCAUAAAACCACGACUAGGACCCAGAGUCUUUCCAUGGUCAGGAAAAACGUCUGGUUCUACUGAAGCGUUGUCAAGGAAACGGUGAGGUUUUGAUUUGAUCGUUUUGAUUCAACUUGUGAAAUCAAAUUGUGUAAAUGGUGUCAAUUUUCAAUGGAUUUUUUUGGGGGGGAGAUAAAGGUUCUGCAGGUUUCUUAGUUGGAGAUGAAUCGUCGGGAAGGAUUGCUUCGUUGCCCUAAGUUUGUUAACGGUGAAGCAACAAGUCUGAACUUGUUCUAUACUACAUACCAAUUGGAUUCCUGGGUUGUGUUCAGUAGGCAAGAAACAUUUGUGGAAUGUAGUGAAACGAGGAGGUAGCCGACUCGAACAUGAUAAAUGUUUUGGUUUUUUGAAAAAGGUUUUGCUACGGUUUACCCUAUGGAUCACAGCCCUGUACUAAACCCGUCUUAGUAGCUGGAUCUGAACUUUUCAUGCAGCACUUCUGCCAAGCAGCUUAUUCAUUCACACCCAAGGAGUGCACAUUUUGGUUUUUGCCCUAGCAUUGCACAGCUGAAUCAAAUAAUGAACUUAACAAUCAAGCUUAGAUGAUUUGAAUAAGCUGUGUAGUGCCAGGGUAAAAAAAGUAAAUGUGCACCCCUGGGGGCUACGAAUGUGUAGGUAGUGUCUACUGUCUGUGUGACCUCUGAUUUCCACAAUAUGUGAUUCCAUCCAAAUCCAUCACUUAUUUAUCAAUAAUAAAAACAUAUCGAUGUUC